AUGCACAUCACUUUGCCAACGGACACAAUCGCCAUUUCGUUGCGACUUCGAACGUACCACGUAAAGCGUCAGGCAUCGCGAAAUACACUUGGCAGAAAUGUCCCGUCAAAGUGGAUCGAGCAAUCUCCGUGGUGGACGCAGAAAGGGCCAGUACAAAUCCGCUCGAUGCAUUCGUCGCCACAUGACAUCUUGUCGACACUCGAGGUCGCGCAAGUCCAAGGUAAGUCUGGCUGGACCUUUCCCCUCCUUUCCUCCCUCGUCUCUGUACCCAAUUCCACCCCCUCGAAGCCACUUCUGCUCUGA